AUGGGUUCCGAUCCUCAGUACGCGAAGUGGCCGCUGCUGCCGCUCUCGCAGCACGUCUUCACCCUCACAAACGCCUAUGCCUCGAAGCAGUCGCAGCAGGUCGCCCUCAAGGCUCUGCAGGAUGCCAUCGCCGAGGACAAGAUGGCUCCAUUUUACCGCUACCUGGCGCACCCUAUCGACGGUAUCCUCAACCAGGUCGGCGAGGGCGGCGCCUCAGGCCCCGGCAAGCCGCUCAGCCGCAAGUCCUCCCUCGUUGGCAUGAUUGCUACCAAAGCUGCGCACAGCGUCCACCUGCCCUGGGACGAGGCUCUGUACGCGCGCUUAAAGGAGGAAAACGAUAAGGAGCUAGCACAACUUCAGAAGGAGGAGGACGAGGCGGAGGAGCAGGCUGGCGAGACGGAAGUGUUGGCCGCCAAGGGUAAGCGGGCCGACUUUUGGGCUCGCGUGGGCGACAAGGAGAAAGCAAUCACAGCGUACGACGACGUUUUCGAAAAGACUGGCAUCCUCGGUAGCAAAAUCGACCUCGUUCUCGCGAUAAUACGCAUGGGCUUGUUCUAUGGCGACAAACAGCUUGUCAAGAAGUACAUUGAGCGCGCAAAGGGCCUCGUCGAGACUGGUGGCGACUGGGACCGCCGAAACCGCCUCAAGGCCUACGAGGGCCUCUACCUCCUCACCGUCCGAUCCCACAGCGCCGCCGCACCCCUCCUCCUCGACUCGCUGUCAACCUUUACCAGCUACGAGCUCUGCACGUACUCGAAUCUGGUCGUCUACUCCGUCCUAGCCGGCUCCGUCUCGCUGAAGCGCGUAGACUUCAAGUCCAAGGUGGUCGACGCGCCCGAGAUCAAGGCCAUCCUCGGCGACGGCGAGGACAAGCUGCUCGCGCUCAGCGGCGCGCUGAGCGCCGGCCCUGGCGCCGACGACACCCCCGGCACCAACACCCCCAAGGCCGCCACGGCUACGACGACGGCAGUCAACCUGGCGACGCUGGGAUCGAGCACCGAGCAGCCCGAGGCGGAGGCAGCCAUUGACUUCUCGCCACUUGCGCUCCUCGUCAGCAGCUUGUACAACGGCAACUACAAGACGUUUUUCCAGUCGCUGGCCUCCGUAGAGGAGCAGUUCCUCAACCAGGACCGCUACCUGCACAAGCACAAGACGUGGUUCAUCCGCGAGAUGCGCCUCCGCGCGUACCAGCAGCUCCUCCAGAGUUACCGCGUCGUCGGCCUCGACAGCAUGGCUAAUGACUUUGGCGUCACAGUUGACUUCUUGGACCGUGAUCUCGCCCGCUUUAUUGCCGCCGGCCGCAUUCCCUGCACGAUUGAUCGCGUGUCCGGCAAGGGUGUCAUCGAGACGAACCGACCGGACGAUAAGAACAAGCAGUACCAGGACGUUGUCCGACAGGGCGACCAGCUUAUUACAAAACUGCAAAAGUACGGACAGGCAGUGCGACUCCGUGGCAGCGAGAGGACAUAG